AUGGCAGACACAGACUGGGGAAAUCAAACGGACAUAAAAUUCAUUCUCCUUGGAUUCGGGAAUCUCCCUGAUCAGAACAUUUUUCUCUUCCUGCUGUUUCUAGUAAUCUACAUCACAACCGUGGCUGGGAACACCCUCAUCAUUACGCUAGUUGUGGCUGAUAAGCAACUUCACACUCCCAUGUACUUCUUCCUGGGGAACUUGUCUUCCUUGGAGACCUGCUACACCUCAACCAUCCUGCCUAGGAUGCUGACCAAUCUCCUGACUGGGAACAAAACCAUCUUUUUCAAUGGCUGCUUCACACAAUUGUAUUUUUUUGGUGCUCUGGCCUCUACAGAAUGCUAUCUCCUAGCAGCCAUGUCUUAUGAUCGGUAUUUAGCGAUAUGUAAACCUCUGCACUAUUUAGCUCUUAUGAAUACCAGGUUUUGCCUCCAGUUGGCUACUGGAUCAUGGUUAAGUGGGUUUUUGGCUACUGCCAUCUUUGUAUUAUUCAUGUCACAGCUAAUAUUCUGUGGCCCGAAUGAAAUUGACCAUUUUUAUUGUGAUCCUGUCCCACUGAUAAAACUCGGCUGUGGUGACAAAUAUCUGAUGGUGUUGUUGGAUUUUAUAAUGGCCUGUGUAUUUACCCUGCCUCCAUUUCUACUAACCUUGACAUCCUAUGUUUGUAUCAUCACCACCAUCCUGAGAAUCCCUUCUGCCACUGGGAGGCAGAAGGCCUUUUCCACCUGCUCCUCUCACCUCAUAGUGGUGACAAUUUUCUAUGGGACUAUAUUGAUUGCAUAUACGCUAUUGAAACUCGACACACUGAGAGUCCUAAACAAAGUGCUCUCUCUUUGCUAUACAGUCCUGACUCCCCUGGUUAACCCCCUCAUCUACAGCCUGAGAAACAGAGAGUUCAAGAACGCCUUGAGCAAAGCAGUCAGUAAAUAUGUGGCUUUCCUAAAAAAAUAA